UUUUGACUUCGUCUUAUCAAAGUGACUAAAUUUUUAAAUUAUCAGUAAAUUUUUUAUAAUCUUCUUAGUUGCUGAGCAUUUGUUGUUUGCAAAGAGGGUAAAUCUUUGUAAAGUCGGAGGAUGGUCCAAAAAUUUUUAGUCCCUUUAUCUCGAUGGCUGACUAUCUCAAAUGAUUUCGUUAUCACAAUCAGAGAUUACUUCAAUUGUAACAAUGGAACUAGACAAAUUAUCUCACCAAAGAAAGAGAGAAAGAAAGGGAAAUUGAUGGUGGCGACUUUGGUGCUAAUUAUGUUCAACUAAAUUUAUUUAAGCUGCAGUCUCGACGAGUGAAUUACUCUUUGUCAAAGAGUCUUUGAUCAAUACUCGUGUUUUGUGUUUUAGCAAUUAUAAAGUUUACUUUUUAAAUUGUUUUUAUAAUGGGAACUGGUUUCGGUGGCAUUUUUCAACAGCAACAGCAGCAAGCAUCAUCAAGUUCACAAUCGCAAUCGCAGCCACAACCACAACCACAGCUACAACCUCAACCUCAACCACCACAACAAGUGUCUACAUCAUUAAACAGUGGAAACAACGAAAUAACAAACUAUCAAACGUUCAACAGUGACAAAUACGAUUUAGGUUAUAGUGAAUCGGACUAUCCCAUCAAGGACGAUGAAACACCUACAUAUUGUACCAGUAAACAUCCAAGAAUUAACUUUUUCUUCUUUGCGUCCUUCUAUUUUGUAUUUAUUAUGUUCGGAUCCAUCGUUUUCUUGAUCAUCGAGCAACCAAGGGAAAUCGAGUCCAGAGAGAAGCUCAUCACGCUCCAAGAAUCUUUUAUAACAAAAUAUCCUCAAGUCGAAGUGGAGGAUAUAAAAAACUUGAUCAAGGUUUUGUUGAAAGCUCAGCAAGAUGGUUAUUUUGUCCCAAUUGUUGGAUCCGAUUUAAUUCUUAGUGAAGAGCCGACCAACCCGGUUAGUGAAGAAGCAAAAAGUUCAGAGGCAGUAAUCCUCAACAAUCAUCACAACCACCAGAUGAAUUACCAAUAACUGAAAAUAACGGAACCAACAACUGUACCAACAACACCAAUAAUUAAGAUCAAACGACUCAACGAAAAAUUUGCAAUUGACAAGUCAACAACUUCUUCAGUUAAUUUGUCUCAAACCAACGAGGCUCUAGUUUCAUACGAAAUUGCCAAUGACCAUGAAAAUGUGACAUCAAACAGGUCAACUUUGAAACUACAAAUGAUGAAACCGAUAACCAAUUGGAGAUUCAGUUCUUCCCUUCUAUUCGUAACUUCACUGGUUACAACUGUUGGCUACGGUAAUUUGACUCCUCUCACGGUAACUGGAAAGAUAACUUGUAUCGUAUUUUGUAUCAUCGGGGUGCCUGCAACAUUAACCUUUUUCUCGACACUGGUCACUAUUUUUGUUCGAGGUCCUGUUAAAACCGUGGAAGCCUGGAUCAUCGGCGUAAUUAUAAAGCUACACCAAUCAGCCUCCGUUUUCGUGGUUCGCAUACUCCACCUGAUAAUUAUAACAACAUUCCUGCUUUGUGUCUGUCUUUUCCUACCGGCUUACUUUUUCUACAUAAAUGAAGACGAUUGGACAUACCUGGAAUCAUUUUACUGUUGCUUCAUCUCGUUAACCACAAUUGGUUUAGGUGAUUUUGUUCCAGGUAUUGAAGGACCCAUGGCUGAUCUUCUCUAUCCAUUCAUCAUUGUUGUUUAUCUGUUUUUCGGUCUCUCCAUGAUAAUGGUAUGGCUUGCUUUGAUUCACCGGAUUCCUCAAUUGAAUCUAUCAGACGCUCUUGUUGCCGAUGAUAAGGAAGAAGAUAAGUUGGCAGAGGAAGAGAACAAUAAAAAUCGAGAGAGGCUGCGAAUUCUUACCAAUCAAUUGAUAUUACAGCAUAAACUUAAAGAGAUCAAAUCAAUGCGACUUCAAGAAUCACUCCCCCAAAUUAAAAUAAAUCAAUCUUUGGUACCUUGAGAGUUAAAACAUCUCAUAAUUCGCAACUUACACCAAUCUAACAUCGAUUAACAACAACCAGUUGGGAAAAAGAUUAAAAGCUAACUAAAUCACAGCCAAAUUGUCCUGAGAUUAAAAAUGUUAUAUAAACACGAGGAAAGCCUUUCAUGGCAACAUUUCCUUUUUUUAUUCCUAUUCCUCCUUUUCAUUCCUCACGAUUUUUUACCCUAUUUUUCCGUCCAAUGGCAUCAGAAUUGUUCGCCUUCCCCUAUUCACCCUCUAUAUGUCCUCUUUUUUGUCUAUUCCUCCUUAUUUUUUAUCAAACUUUCUUUUUUACUCUCAACAAAUCUUCCCAUUUGUUAAUUUUUCCCGCUUUUCUUUCAAAAACCAACAAAUUGAAACUACAGUGAGAAAAACUUGAGUCCAUUCAACUAUGUCAUCUAUGCAAAUUAAAACCGGGUUGAUUUGAGAAUGAAAAGAAUUGCUCAGAUUUAUUUGAUUUAUUCUUCUUAAAUAGAUUUAAACAAAAAUGCUUAAUCAAUCAUUAUAUUGACAUUUUAUAAAAACACAAAAAAAACUUGCAUAUAUUCAUUUCUCAACCCAAAAGUGAAAUACUUGCAGAAAUAAACUCAUCUACUUAAACAAUAACAAUUUGUGCAUUUCCAUGCAAAACACUGUGAUUUUAAUAAAAUAUAAGAGUAAAAAUGAAGCCUUAAUAAAAUUAAUUGUAACAAAACUAAAAA